UUCCAGAAAUCAGGAUUUCAAGCGUCAUCGGAGGCUUCUGGCUCGGCCCAGGCAUCCUGUCAGCACGAGUACCUGGCCGCCUGACGGCUCCCAGUCUGCACACCACGCGCACAGGAGACCCAUUUAUGUGUCUUUUGUCAGCAAGGCCAUCUUGUGGGAUAGAGGACUCUGCCACCACACUGCUCACGAUCGUCCAAAUCACCGUCCCUUAUUGUGUCCACGGUUCCUGUCUCACAUGAAGGUCCGUCCCGAGGACCUCAGACCUCCUUGUUUCCUGAGCUCCAAGUCCAGACUGCAGCCUCCAUCUCAGGGGAAGACGACCUAUACACACACUUUCGCUGCCCCAAAGACACAAACGCUGGAGGGUGACUUCAAUGCUGACAGAAGAAGAAGACAUUUUGUGCGGAAUGAGAGUUUGAUCGCAGGGAGGCGCUCUGCUGUUGUUGUUCCCUGUCUUCCAUCUCCUGCUACUCCACCAUCAUCCACCAUUAAUCCAACACCUCCCCACCAAAACACCCUUCACCCCGACUCUGAAGGACAACAAAGCAAGCCGAGCUCUGUGCCAGCAUCUCCCUCCGACCCUCGUCCUGCUCCAGAGGAAAAAUGUGAAGUUCAGGAGAGCGAGCGACAGCCUGCUGUGGUGUCUAUCACAGAGUCCGACUGGAGGCUGCAUCUCGGGCCUGCUGGACCAGAGCGCUCGCCAUCGCCAGCCUCCACGGCCUCACAUGGUUCUCUCUCAGAUUUUAGUCGUCCACCUUCCAGCUUGUUCAGCCGGAGCACAGACCUCGCCAGUGGCAGGAGCAGUGUCCUGUCCAGUAAAACCUUGACAGACAUCAGGGACCUAGAAGGCAGCAUUUGUUCCUCUCCACUCCGGCCAUCUCCGCCUUACCCUCCAGCAGGAUCCAACCCUCGCCGAUCAUCCGCAAAUACUGCGACCACCCCUCAACUCUACGAACCACUCUUUGGUCAAAUCAAACCCCUCUCAACUCGCCCAACGUCAGCCGUCCUUCCUCAGUCAGACAAACCGAUGAGCAGGCUUGAAAGCUCAAAAACAGCAGAAUAUCUCCACCAAGAUACGUCUUUAGAUCCUGCUCUCAACCCGUCCUUGGACUCCGAUCACGGUCUCAUUACCCUGGCUUUCCCCUCCACUACUUGGUCUUCCUGCCCAAGUCCACAGAGGACCACUCCCCGCUCAGGGUCAGGACCAAAGCUGACCCCUUCUGCAUCAGUGACUCAGCUGGAAUCCCAUCGCUGGUCUGUCCUGCCUCCUAUCUCCCCUGUCAGAGGACGCUGUGGCACAGCAGCAUCACGCUACUCGGAGCUCAGCUGCAGUCAGUCUCAUGUGUUUGAUGAACUGGAGGCCAUUGCCCCUCGGUCAGCUUCCUGUCCGUCUCUGGACCAGACAUCAGACUCAUCAGGUUCUCCUUCCCCUGAUACAGAGCUGUCUCCUGGCCUGGCAGCGCUAACUGUGGGCUGUGACUCAGGGAAUCUGGGCUCCUUGUCCCGGGUCCAGCUGCUCCUACUGGACCGACUGGAGCCUGAGGCGCCACCGAGUCCCUUCGGUCAGGAAGAAGAGCUGUCGCUGAUGCAGGACUGGUCAGAUCUGAGGAUGCAGUAUGAUCCAGGUGUUUUGAGGCCCCUCACAGCUGGCAGCAUCUCUGAAAGGUGUGACUCUCCGGGGAAAGUCCAUGAAAACAAAUCGGAUCAGUCUGAAGGAGGUUCAGGGUCACCGUCUUCAUGGAUCAUAGACCAGAGUCCCUCAUACGACAUGUUCAGAUCCGCCUAUUCCCCCUGCAAGUCCAAUCACAGCUCCAGCACAGAUGAAAGGGGCCCCACCGAGGAGGAGUCCAAUUAUCCAGGAUGGAGGGACCGAGUGGAGUCCUCGGCUGGAGGAAGGAGGCCUGAGAGUGUUGACCACAGCACUGAAGAGAAGGAGAGAAGGAUGGAGGAGAGGAAAACAAAGGUGCUGCACAUACUUACCAAACUGCAGGACACGCCUCGUCAGCCAAAUGGCAACAAAGGUCGCUCCAACUUUGAGGACUUCGACUUUUUGGCAAAGUAUUGCAUUUUCAGUCAGGAGAAGCUGGCUGAGUACAAAAGAGCUUUUGAAGCAGAGGACAGUGAUGGUGACGGCUACAUCUCCUGCCUUCAGGUUCUACUCGCUCUUAAAAACAUCAUCCCCCCCGAGCUGCUGUCUGAUGAAGAGGAGAUCUACGUCUACAGGAUCCUGGAGAUGGUGGACUUCAGAGUGACAGAUGGGCUCGUAGACCUGAGGCUCUUUGCUGUGAUUUCUAGUCUGGCACAGAAAAUAGCCACCAUGGAUGAGUUUAUGCGAUCUCUAAUCAGCGACAUGGACUUCCGCUCGUUAGAAGUGAGGCUCUUCAAAGCGAAGCAACUGUUCCUGUUCCUCCUGGAGGAGCAGCGAGGAGACACCGGAGCUCAGCAGGGCUUCAUCAGCGCAGAGCAGCUGCUCCUGGAGCUGAAGGCCGGGGGAAUCCAUCUGGAGCAGGAGGCAGCCAUCAGACUGGAGCUGCAGCACAUUCCUCCACUGGACCUGCUGGACUUCCUGGCCUACCUGCCCCUAUUCAUGCUCAUUCACAAGUCUGUCAUCUCCAACCCUCUCGAUGACUCCAUCAACCUCUGACCUCAGUCACUGCGCCGUCCACCCCUGUGCGGCUCAGGUAUCCACAUUACUGCCGCCACACUUAUCAGUACUGUACUCUUGUGUGAGAAGGUGAUACGCAAGACACAGGAAAGCUUAGAUUAAAGGCAACGAGCUCGGCACUGUAGUAAUGUUGUUAAACUCUCAUGAUCUUUAAGGCUUGGACACACCAGCAAUUAAUAUGGCAAUAAUUUUACAGUGAUUUCAACUCAUUCAACUCAUUGGGAUUAUUAGAUUGCAUUUGCAAGCAGGAAAUACCACAUCCGUUUGAACUGUAAUUACGACCAGCAGAGUGGCAAAAACAGUUCAUGUCAGCCUCCAACUUGUAAAUACAAGUCGAAGAUAUUGGGGAUUUCACAAGUUGAAAUAAAAGGUGUUUUUCUCAUUCUGCCAGUAUUACGUGAAUGCAGCAAGAAUUGGCGCGACCUGCCAGUUUGCACCGUUGCCAUCUUGGCUCUCGCAACAAGGAAGUUCCAAGUCUGUUCCUAACAUAACCUGCUCCUCACAAAAUGAACAACAGCUUGUGACAUAUCUGUUACCUUUGGAAAUGGUGCUA